AUGUCGAAUUUAGAAAAACUUCAUUUGAAUGUUUAUGUUUCUAUGAAAGAAACAUUUAUUGAUGGAAAUAAUUUAAAGAAAAAUAUUAUCAAUCAUAUGCCACGAUUAAACAAAUUUACAUUUAAUAUUCGUUCAUACCUUGAUAAUCGUAAUCAAAAUGAUCUACCAACAACUGAAGAUAUUAAACAUACAUUUAGUGAUUUUAAAAACAAUCAGAUUAUUUCUUAUGUCGAUUAUUUUCAAAGUAGACGUUCUGGUUGGUGUUCUAUUUAUACAUAUCCAUAUAUAUUGAAAUCUUACGGUUAUGUAACAAAUAAUUUUCCAGGUGUACUAUGUAAAUCUGUUCGUGAAAUAGAGUUAUAUGAUGAACAUCCUUUCGAAUAUAAAUUUUUUCUUCGAACUUCUCAAUCAUUUCCAUUUGUGGAAGAAUUGUCUUUAAGCAAUUCCAAACCACAAAAAAAUAAAUUAUGUAGAGAAUCAAACAAAGACAAUCAACAUUUAUCCAUUAUUAAAUUUCAUCAUCUUACUAAUCUUACACUCUAUGGAGCUCAUGAUGAUUAUAUCGAACAAUUUUUAGAUGAUACGAAAACAUCUUUAUCAAAUAAUGUUCAUCUUAAUGUCGAAUUUGAACCACUGAAAAGAGUGACAUACCAUUUUACAAGAAAUGCAACACGAAUUAAUUGUCAAAAACUGAAAUCUUUAUGGUUAAAUGGCUAUGGCCUUCCUAAAUAUGCUAAAAACAACUUUCCUCAUACAAAAAUAUCCUGA